AUGGACGAUUCGAUGUACGGUCUCGGCUCCGCCGCCGAUUAUUCCGAUCACUGCCAUCCGGCUUCAAUGCCGCCCCCGGACAACCUCCUGUCGCCGCCGCUGAGCUGCUGCGACGCCUUCGCCUCGCCGGCGUUUUGCCACCGGAUUCCGACGGUGUUCGGCUCUGACCAUAUUUUCUCCUCCUCCUCGGCGGUGUCCGACGCCGCUUCGCUGGUGUCGGAGAUCCCGAGGAGCGGCUCGGAGGAGGUGUCCAGUGCAAUCCGUGCAAAGAUCCUUGCUCACCCGCUUUAUCCUAAAUUGCUCGAGGCCUUCGUCGAUUGCCAGAAGGUCGGAGCGCCUCCUGAGAUCGUCAAUCUGUUGGAUGAAAUCUGCCGGGAAACAGUCAGUGCGGUAGCUCAUCGGCUGUUUCAACUUGCUUCGGCGCUGAUCCUGAGCUUGACGACUUCAUGGUCUCUCUCUCGCACAAAUGCUUUUUAA